CCCCGCGCCACCUCACCGCUCUCGCGCAGGAAGAAGAAGGUCGCGUCGUCGAGCGAGCGAGGACAGAAACAGCUUCAAACAUGCUGGGCCAGGCAGUCAGGCGCUUCACCACCUCUGCUGUGCGUUCUUCACACUACGCUGAAGGACCAGGGAAGAACCUUCCCUUCUCUGUGGAGAACAAGUGGCGUCUGCUGGGCAUGAUGGUGGUGUUCUUCGGCAGCGGCUUUGCCUUCCCCUUCAUUGUUGUCAGACAUCAGAUCCUGAAGAAGUAACGCCCUUCCACGCGCCCCUCAGGGUGUCAGCUGGAGCGCGUGCGUCCACCAGAGUUCUAUCUGUAAGGAAUGGGAGUCCCCUAAUUUUCUUUGUAAAUAAAAGUGACUUCAAUAGAA